UGAAAACAAAUUUUCCAAGAAAGAAGUGGCAGACCUGAAGGAACAUCAGGAGACGGACAUUGAAUGCGCUAGAGAGGCAACAGUCUAGUGUUCCAGUAUAUGUGUUCAUCCAAGCAAUCCCAGAGGGCAGGGCGGUGGAAACAUGGGAAAUUACAGCAGGCGUGUCAAGAGGCAAACUUGUGAAACAGUCAGAGAAGGAGGCAGAUCAUGAAGGGGGCUGAUGUGUGAGGUCAGUCGAAGAUGGGAGGCUUGAGGGGGCAGCUAUUCAGUUUGAUGAUCGGGCUCCUGUUUCUGGGGAGCCUGCUGACCACUUUCAUGUGGUACAUGCUGGACAACAAAAAUUUGAAAAUUCGCCGACACCUGCCCAAAAUGAAAAUUGUCCCCCGGUCUACAGAUUCCUGCAAAAACUGUGGAGAGACUAUAAAGAAAGCACUAGAUAUUUACUACAAAACCUGGAGAAAACAGGAGCAAAGUUUUAAAAAUUUUAGUCAGCAGCUGAGCAGGAAGUGCCAUGGGUUAGAUAAAGCCAUCAUUAGCCAAAUGAACACUCCUCUGGGAUCGAAGCUUGUUUAUGAUGGGGAAAAGAAGAGGACGGCUCAAAUAAAUGCAGAGCUCUUCAGCACCUUCCCAAAGGUUAGUCCUUUCUCAAACAAAACAAGGGCUUCUUGUGCCGUUGUUGGGAACAGUGGCAUCCUGGCAAACAGCCAAUGUGGAAAAAUGAUUGAUUCAGCUGAAUUUGUCAUCAGGUGUAACCUACCUCCUGUGUCAGACGGAUAUGAGAAACAUGUGGGUAGUAAGACAAACCUUGUGACAGUAAACCCGAGCAUCCUCUUAGAUAAGUAUGGGUCUCUGAUGACACGCCGGCGUCCUUUUGUGGAGAAACUGCGUAACUAUGGUGACUCCAUGAUGCUUCUUCCUGCCUUCUCCUUUGGUAUGAACACUCCUGUGUCUCUGCGGGCUUUCUACACCAUUGAGGACUUUAAAAGUCCCAUCCGGCCUCUCUUCCUGAACCCACUGUACCUUGAGAGUCUGGCCGUCUUCUGGAAAUCUCAGGGCGUGAAGGCGCUACGGCUCAGCAGUGGCAUCAUGAUGAUCAGCCUGGCGCUGGAAAUUUGUGACAAUGUGCAUUUGUAUGGAUUCUGGCCCUUCAGUAUUCACCCACACAACUUCCAAGACUUGAGUAACCAUUAUUAUGAUAAUAAACUAGAUAAAAAGAACAUCCAUGCCAUGCCAACAGAGUUCAACCAACUGCUGAAACUGCACACCCAAGGUGUGUUACAACUACACUUGGGGGACUGUGAACCAGAUGAUUAUUAUUAGCCUUGGAGGAAAAAAGAUCCAUCUAUCUAGACAUAUAAUCCUCUUUUGAAUGAAAGGUUUUUUAUGAUAAGAUAGAUGGCACACAGCCAGUGGAAAUAUAAGCUUUCUGUAAUUUGUGUGAAAAUCCACUGCCAAGACACAGUUUAGUUUCUUGAAGAUUGGAAAACUCUGGAUAAUUUUAAUAUAUGUAGAUUCUAUAAUGACAAAAAAAACCCUGUCAAUGUCUACUCAGGUUUGUGCCUUUAAAGGGGAUGAAUUAUGAAAAAUUUACGUUUUGCACAUUUUUUGUACGUCCAUAUUGGUUUUUUACUGCUUUGAAAAAUGUCCAAGCACUAAAAAAAAUAAAAAUAAAUAAAUCAUCCCGCUGUUUUUUGGCAAUAAGUUAAUGUUUUUUGGUGUUUGAAACAUAAGACGUUUCAAAAAACCUCCAGAAUGUAAAGUAACAAAUCAGCAGGAACAGUUACCUAGCAACCACUGCCCAGCCUGUUACCUAGCAACCCAAGCGGAACUCCUGCAUGCUUGAUCAACUGGUUUUAUCUCUAUAUGUGCUGUUUUGUCUUUUCCAAAACACUUGGAAAAGACAAGUGUUUUGUUGUUGACUUAUCAUUCAGAAACCACUUGCUGUAUUCUUGUUGGCUGUACAUGAGGCUCUACUAAUGCUUUUCAAAGAUGUACAGUUGUAUAACUGAGCGUCUGCUUGCAUCCAUUUUCAUGUGAAUGUGAACUUUGAGUUGGGAGAUGUAGCUAUUCUGAAAGGAGCUCAAAAUAUUUAGAACUGUCCAGACUGAAAUCUCAUUAUCUAAAAAUGACAUUGUGCCAAAGAAAACAUGCAUUUAUCAUGUUUUGUGUAGUGCAUAGACCUACUCUAACCUGUUUAAAUGAUAAACAGUUGCGGUUUCCACAAAUAAAGUGCAAUAAUAAUAUUUCUAUAAGUGCCUGACCUGUUUUUCCUAUUAUAUCAAAUUUUCACAGCACAGAGCUGGAGAUUUAAUAAUUAAUUUGAACAAGAUAUGAUCACUAUGAACUCAGAAUCUCAGGGCAAAAUUCAGAGGCGGGAAUGAAGCUUUAUUUUAUGCAAAAGGUGCAACAAACUUUAAAAAUGGUAGUUAUUUUUAAUCUACACCGGUAGGUGGUGCUAUUUGCUGCUCAGAGAGAUGGCUUGACAUGGAGAGACUCAGAAUAUAGAAAUUUAAGAUUUAAGUAUUAAGUAAAAAAAAAAUGCUUGUAGUUUUUGAUCAUAAAGUUUCUCUGUUAUUUAUAAAACUUGUCUCAAAUGUUUGUAGUCACACUUUGUGUUUAGACAAGUGUCAAAACUACACAGAUCUAUUUCAACAGCCGCUUUGAAGAGUCAGUGUUACGUGUGUACAAUGAAUUUGGGUAUUUUUAUACGGGUAUUUUAAGCUCAGCUGACGCUCAUCUUAUUCAUUUAAAUGCUGCUAAUUAACACAAUGCAAUUUCUCCAAUAUCAUGGAAUGAUAUGAUAUGUCUCAAUUUAUUAAAAAAUAAACUUUGUCAAAACUUUUAAAGAAUGACUCACUUACCCAAAUAAGUUGCCAAAAAAAAAACAAACAAACCUAAAAUGACUUCCAAACACUGUCAGGAAGAGAGGCGCUCAUCGAGUCCAAUCAGAUAUUGAGGAAAUAGUUUGGAAUGAGAAAAAGAAAACAAAA